AUGUCGCUUGAUCUCUUCUGCAAAGAUUUAAUUCCUGAUCUUGUUUAUCGAAAUUUCGUAUUGGAAAAGUCGGCAUCGAUAAGGGAAACAGCAACAACAUCGUUCGCAACAGGUCCACGCUCAAGUUUUCGCCGUCAACAAGGUCCACCUAAUGCAGCUGCACGUUUCACCUCAAAUCGUAGUAGUACCAUAACCAAUGAAAACUUAUCACCAUUGAUUCUACCGCGCUCUCCAUCCUCGUUAUCAUUACAAGCUGCUGGUUCACUUUAUGAAUAUAAGCCAAAAUUUGCUCAAUAUAAAAAUGCGAACACGGGAGCAAUUGUUAUCAAUCAACGAGAUAAUGCUCAUAAUCAUACUACAUUAUUAUCAAGUGGUUUACAUGAUAAUCUUCAACCCGUACACCAUCAAAAAGUAGCGCCAGCCCUAUCAGCUGCUGUCGGGCAAUCAACACGUCAACAACAACAAAUCAAUCGGUCAAUCUCAGCACCAAACACAUCAUUAACACAUCAUCAACAAAUGGUCACAUUACAAACGCAAACAAUAGCAAUUGUCGUACCUCGCAUUUUACAAUACAUUCCCGCAUCAUCAAUGAACAAUAAUCAUUAA